AUGCAGUCGCAGUCGGAGAAGCCCAAGAAAGCGCCUCGCAAGCACCUUACUACUGCAUGCGUGCCGUGCCGCGAGAGUAAGAUCAGGUGCGACGGCGCGACUCCGCAUUGUAACAACUGCGAAAGGAAGGGAAAGGCUUGUAAAUACCAGCAUGGCGAGGAUAAACGGAAAGUGUCGCUCCGUCCUGCGACAGAGCUGUUUUCCGCGCGGAUUGACCAGCUGUGCCAGUUCAUCUAUGACAAUGGCUUGGAGCCGCCUCCGAUGAAUCCUGAGGAUGAGUUGGGGAUGAAUCGGGUGUUAGAAACGCUUCAGAUUUCUCGGAAAGCUGUAUACAGAGAUCAUGCUGGAAUGGUGGGUGAGCAAGUUGGACACCCUCAAACAGCUAUCCCUGGCGUCGCGGAUCCCAGCCUGCCGGCACCUUUGACCAGCGAGGGGCACAUGCGCGUGAACGAGAGUACUACUGGCGUUCCUAUGUCAUCUCCCAACGUGCCAUCUGACCAGGGGUUCAUCCCGUCAUCGAAAAGUCCCGAAUCAAUCAACGCUCUGGGAAUGAAUCUGUCCCCAACGAGAGCCUAUGCCUCCUCGCAUUGGGCACUUGCCCUCCCAACUGCCGAGAGCUUCGAUGCGCUAUGCGCGAACAUGAUAGGAGGACCUGGCGUUACACCGGACGGCAGUGCCAGUCCCGCGAGCUUUCACCCGUUGCGGGAUAGCAUUCAGCAGCAACCCGGGGAAUCGCUCGGACAGCCGCGCGACAACCGAGAUUACUACGACAGCGAUAGCGGGGAGGAGGACGAGGCAGAGAAAGACGUGAUCGAGCAACUAUCACAUCGCAUCGGAACGCUGAAAAUCGCCGGGGACGGUCACCUGCGAUUCUACGGCGCGACCUCUAACUUGAACUUGGUAGAUGUCUCGGCGACACAACAGCGCCAGCGCCCCGAUGCGCGGUCAAUCCGCCACGACGGGCAAGAUAUCUUGAACCACCUGCGCGUCGGGCAGCCUGUGGAUCCAGUCCUUGAAGAUCACUUGGUCGAGCUCUACUUCACGUGGCAGAACCCCAGUACCUACGUGGUGGACAAGGAGAUGUUCAUGAUCGCGAGAUCGAGAUGGCGGAACGGAUGCGACGACACUCCGUUCUAUUCCGAGGUGCUGACCAACGCAAUGUGCGCCAUUGGCAGUGCUUUUGAAGCGCGGUAUCACCCAACUUUCAUCACAUUUCCCAAGUCCCUUUCGGAGUUCUUUGCAGAUCGGGCUAAGGCGCUUUUGGAAAUUGAGUUGGACUCGCCCUGCGUGGCUACGGUGCAAGCCCUCGUUAUCUUGAGUUGUCAUGAAGGCUCGUCAAACCGGGAUGCACGGGGUUGGCUCUACAGUGGGAUGUCCAUGAGACUGGCGUUUGAUCUUGGUCUUCACCUUGAUAUGACUAUCUAUGUGGAAAGAGGCGACAUCAGCGCCCUUGAAGCUGACGUCCGUCGGGUGGCAUUCUGGGGAAGCUAUAUUGCUGAUCAUUUCUGGGGUUUCUAUCUAGGCCGCCCCUUCCGGAUGAACGCGGGAGAUAUCACAGUUAUGAAGCCCGCGUCGGAUCUGGGCCAUGGGAAAGAGAGCAUAUGGUACCCAUACGGACACUUGCUACAGUCAGAGGCCCUCAAGGGAGGAAUCAAGAACCCGAACGAGCUGAUCAGUAGGCAAUUCGUUAUUUUAUGGGAGAUCAUCUCACCCGUCGGUCAUAUUCUAUAUGGCUGCUCUGAUAUACCAAAACACGACCUGCAAAGACUCUGUCACCCCGUGACGGAUGACCUGUUCGCUUGGGGAGAGAAUCUCCCCUCGAACCUGGAUAUCGAUUUAGAAAACGACACAGUUCCAAUCCUGCCGCACCUCUUGAUGCUACACCUACAAUACCACCAAAUCGUCAUUUUCACCCACAGACCAUGGGUCUCCAAAAGCUACAUCCAACCCCGCGCCCCCCGCCAAGGACCCGGCUACCACCACGCCCGCAGAAUGUGCAUUGAAUCCUCAAUGGCCAUAGCGCGACUCCUCCACAUCUACGAGAAACACUACACCUUCCGCCGCAUGAACAACCAAGUCGUUGCCAUCAUCUUCAGCGCAGCCCUCAUGCUCCUCUACGUCACCAUCUCAAACUCAUCUCCAACCAAGACCACCACCAGCACCACCACCAGCACCGGCCCGGAACACCCAACCACCAACGCUGAAAUGGUAGCCUACCUCAACCUCUGCUUCCGCGCCCUAGACGAACUAGGCCAGUCUUUCGAGAACGCGAAACGCACACGCGACUUCCUCGUCAGUCUCCAGCGCCGCUGGCAAGCGCACAUGCGUCGCUCCGGUCCUAGAAAGCGACAAAUUACAAACCACCCCUCUUCGCAAACCCUGCACGCACCCGACCACCACGCGUCCUCAUCGAGAAAGAAAUCCAGAGUCGCCCCCGCCGUCCCCCAAACCAUACCACCCCCUCCGCAAAAGAUCUCCUCCACAAAACAAACUCCCCUGCCGCAGGCCCUAGACGCAACGCAGCAGUUCGGCGCCUGUCAGCCUGGAGACCUGGACUGGAUCCGCACUUCGGAUCUGCAGUUUUUGUCGGAGCAGAUUGCGGAUGGGGGUGUUCCUGCUGUGGAUAGAUUAAUAGUUACUGGGAUGUGA